AUGCGCGGCGAAGUUCGAAGCACCGUCGAGCGCCUCGACAGACCGAGUGCUUACUAUAUCAGCAGAAACAAGCGCAGACGCGACCGAGACGACAAUGCAGAGGAACCUGCGGAGCCCGCCGUUGAUCCCCUCGCAAACGCGACGACUCUCUACGUCGGCAACCUCUCCUUUUACACCACAGAAGAGCAAGUCUACGAGCUCUUUUCCAAGUGCGGCGAAAUCAAGCGUCUCGUCAUGGGUCUCGACCGAUUCAACAAGACCCCCUGCGGCUUCUGCUUCGUCGAGUACUACACCCACCAGGACGCCCUGGACUGCAUGAAGUACAUUGGCGGCACAAAGCUAGACGAGCGCAUCAUCCGGACAGACCUGGACCCGGGAUUCGAGGAGGGCAGACAGUAUGGCCGAGGCAAGUCGGGCGGCCAGGUCCGAGACGAAUACCGGGAGGACUUUGACGAGGGCCGAGGAGGCGUGGGUAGAGCGCUGCAGGACGAGAAGUCGAGAUAUGACGAUUAG